GCCGGGGGCCCCUGGGCCGGCAGCGCCCGAGCCGGGCUGUGCCCCAGUUUGUGUCCAAUCAGAGAGUGCAGCGCCUGCACCGGGCGGGCGGCAAUGCGUAAACAAGCCCCGGGAACUCCUCCGCCCCCCGCGCUCCCCUCCGUGCCGCUUCCCGCGCCGCCCCGCAGCCUCCCCCGCCCGCUGACAAGUCCGGCGAGGCGCGUUCCCGGCCCGCCCGCCCAGCCGGCGCCGCCCGCGCUGCCACACGCACCCACUCCCGCACACGCCCGCGGGUGCCCGUGGCCUCUGCAGGGGAAGGUAGGAAAAUGACUCGCCCGGCACAGGAGCAGGAGUUAUGAGCCAUGUCUCAGUGAGACCUGCGGAAUUAAGAUCAAAUGCCUGGAGAAGUCCAGUUGCACAGAGCAGCGCCACAGCUCUUGUGAACUGUGGACAUCGACGCCUCUCAGACUUGCUUCUCUGGCCCCAAGCACUCUGCCAGCGCUUCCUGCUCCACGAAUGGCUACUCAGAGGAAGCACUUGGUGAAAGAUUUCAAUCCUCAUAUCACCUGCUACAUCUGUAAAGGCUAUCUCAUCAAGCCAACUACAGUAACAGAGUGCCUCCAUACCUUUUGUAAGACUUGUAUCGUUCAACACUUUGAAGACAGCAAUGACUGUCCCAGGUGUGGCAACCAAGUGCAUGAGACCAAUCCACUAGAAAUGUUAAGGCUGGAUAACACCUUAGAGGAAAUUAUAUUUAAGUUGGUGCCUGGACUUCGAGAGCAGGAACUGCAGCGAGAGAUCGAAUUUUGGAAGAAAAACAAACCUCAAGAAAAUGGACAAGAUGAAAGCCCAAAAGCUGAUAAACCCAAAGUAGAUGAGGAGUGUGAUGAAAAUGAAGAAGAUAAAGACUAUCACAGGAGUGACCCGCAGAUUGCAAUCUGCCUUGACUGUUUACGCAACAAUGGGCAGUCAGGAGAUAAUGUGGUCAAAGGCUUAAUGAAGAAAUUUAUCCGCUGUUCUACUCGAGUGACCGUGGGAACUAUCAAAAAGUUUCUCAGCUUAAAAUUAAAACUUCCAAGUUCCUAUGAGCUGGAUGUACUAUGCAACGGAGAAAUCAUGGGGAAGGAUCAUACUAUGGAAUUCAUCUAUAUGACAAGAUGGAGACUAAGAGGCGAAAACUUUCGGUGUCAGAACUGCUCAUCUUCGCAAGUCUGCUCACAGGAUGGCACUUUCUAUCAGUCUUACCCUAUGGUACUUCAGUAUCGACCUAGAAUUGACUUCGGUUAGACCAAAGGGCCAGAUCCCACUGAGAUGAAUCCUGCACUAUUUGUUUACCCAUCGACAGAUUGCACAAUGAAUGGAUGUGCCUGGAUUGGGGGGACAGCCAGAAUUUCAGCAUGCAAAUAAGGACAUUGUCUUUCUUAAAAUUGUCAGUUGCAUCUCUGUUGUUUCUAUUAGAGCAAGCCAAGUGCCAUUCUGCUACUGAAAUGUGCAUAAGAUAUUUGUGCAUCUUAAGAGUGUGCUGCAAAUCAUAGCCAAAAUCAUGAAGUGUACAGUCAAGACUCAAAACCUAUGGAAUAUUUUUUGCUUGCGUGUUAGAAAAUUUUUCUGGUCCUAAUAUUGAUUACACUAGCAAAAUGGCAGAGUGCUCAUUCAUGUGGUGUUGGAGUUUCACACACUUACUACUUUACUGAAUAUUGUUGUUUAAAUCAUAGAGUACUGUAAAAAUAACUAACCUUGACAAUAUUUUGUAUAGAAAAUAUAUUUAGAAAAGUGGUGAUUAGGCCACUACCUUUUCCUUGAUAAGGUUCUCAUGGGUCCAGGUAUAGCUCACUCAUGAGUGUGCAACAGUCCUUUUGCAGUGAAUGAAGAUUAAUUACACUGAACAAGAGAUGUAGAACAUGAUAAUUCAAAAUAGUAAUUUUAAAUCUUAAAGUUGCUAAUAUUGCUUGAAAGCAUUGUAGCCUUUGUGAUUGCACUUUCCGGUGGUCUCCCUGAAAUUUGGAAUUUGGGAUACUAGCUAUUUUUGGAAAAAUGGCUUCUGGUCAGAUUACAUUUCUUCUAAUAAAGCCUCCAUAAUAUGAAGGUAAAAUAAUACAAAUGUCUAUGGAACAACUAAAUUCUACUACAAAAUUGUGACCAAGGCAAAAUUUUUCAUAAUUACUACUUUUCAUAAUAAAUAUUUCCUUUUAAGAUUGAAUAGAGGUCUAUAAUAUACAAAGACAAAAAAAAACUAUAUAGCUUUAAUUACAUACUGUAUCUCUUGUGACUAUCUGGAGUUUAGUAUUCAUUACAGAAAUUUUCAUUAGUUAAAAUCACAUCAUAAAACUAUUUCCAUAAAAUUAGAGAUAAUGCAAUACUGAAGAUUAGCAGUCUGACCAAAAUAAUUGUUCAGGUCAUUUUUUUUUUCAUAAGACCUGGUAGUGCUGGAUAUAAGGUGAUUGUUGCCUUAGGUAUUACAAGCAUAAUGGUUCUAGUAUGGGAUGUUCCUUGAGGUUUUUGGUAAUGUUGCAGGGAGCAUAGCAAUGUGUAUGUUUUCUGUCUUCCAUUGUCUUUGCUUAAAAGUCAGUUGAGUUUUUCUGAUCAGAUUCUCUAGAGGUACUUAUAGUUCAGUCAUGUUAUGUAAUUUUUACUUAGUUCAUGCUUGGUGAUGUUGUAGAUAGCUAUUUACUUUCUUUAUGCCUUUUGCAUACAGCAAAAAGGAACCAAAUCAAUUUUUCACAAGCUACUGUAGGGUGAACUGAUCAUUCUUUGAUAGACAAAGUGAAAAUUCUUUCUUGGGAUCAAGUACAAAAGAUAGAUGUAAGGCUGUAAUUCCUUUGUAAGCUUAUGUUCAUGUACAGUAGUAUGUUCUGUAGGAGAAAUAAGCAUGUUGUGGAUUAGGUCUGGCCCCUUUAAUGUUGUUAGGCAUUCUAACAUUGGUGACUCGAGAAUCCCAUGAAGUUGGGUUGAAUCCUACCACUGCACUCCAAAGCCCAUACGACAUGCAGAAAUCAAGAUGCUGUCAAUAGCAGUAUCUUAAGGAGCCCUGCCAUUACAGGUCAAGGUUUCACAUAUUGUGGAAUGCCAGUGGAACUGGGGAAGGAUAAUGUCUAGGAAGAAGCUGCUGCCCCUUUCUGCAGUGUGCUGGCCAGCACAGGCACUGCUUUGCCCAGAAACAGGCAGGAGGGAUGUGCUGGCUGCAGAGAGCAGACAUCCUACUGCCCACCCAGUCAGUGAUGCACUACUUGACAGAAAGAAGAUGCUCCUUGUAGGGAGGGCCCUUCUCUAGGGAAAAAUAGAUUCUUCUUGUACAUAGAAGUCCACCCCAUGGAGCAGCUUGGAAGAGCAGAGCAUGCUUUCUGAUUGAAAAUCAUUCUUCUCUUUAGUAUAUACAGUUGUUUUGUAUAGUAGAAAUAGGAUACUAUUUGUAAAUAUUUACAUGCACAUACCAAUUACACCUUACAAUUUUUAUAUAUUUCAUGUGUUUUUAUACCAGAAUUUUCACUGUAAAUUUGCUUGACAUAAAACACCUGUCUCAGUUUAUCACAAAACUAAUGCUAGUAUGCUUAAGCAUAAUUUCUGCUUGGUUCACAGCUCAAUUUUUUUCCUCAGCAAUUUUGAAAAAAAUUGAACAGAUUUGUUUUAAAAAGACAGGAACAUACAAGUUUUAAUCCAUCCACCUAACAGGACCCUUGGAAUAGCAGUGUUUUGCUUGGCUUUGGAAUGGCAACUGAUAGAAGCUUUAUUUGAUUGUUUGAUAAUUUCCUGUACUCAUAAUUCAGAGAACCAUGAAUUUUCUCAAUCAGAGAUGGACAUUGGUUUUGAUCCCUGGUAUUUUCUUGAUGCAAGUUAAAGCUAGAUUACAGAAGGUAAAUCUUCAUUUUAAGCUUGGAAAAUACUGGCAGAUCUGAGCCACCGUUCCCAGCUGUGAAUGGUGGCAUUAAAUGCAUAUGAACUAACCACCUACAGUUUCUGCAUUUCUGAUUUGAUGGCAUGGUGCCUGACUGCUGCUAUAGUUUAAUCAUUUUUGUAAAAGUAAAGUGCCAGUGACAUGCAUAUCUUAACUGGGCAGCUUGUGCAACAUCGGCACUGCCUUCUUUACAGGAAAUUUUCACUCAUAUAGUACACACGUGCCAUGUCUCUACAGCUACACAGAUUUAAUUCAUUUGUGCCAAUUAAGAGUAUCUGAGCACCAUAGGAAUACGAGAAGAAUGCGUGUGCAGAUUCCUGUGUGCCAAAGAUGGGGUAAAGUGAAAUGAGUACCUAGGCAUUCCCUUCAGACUGCACCAUAUGCCAGGCUAGAACUGACGCCUGGAUAAAGUCACACUUUCUGAGCAUUUCCAUGACAAGGUGUCACCACUGCAUCCUUGUAAAACAUAGGAAUAUAAAAUAAGUGUUGCUGCCACUGUGUUUCUAUGACUUUUCCAUAUUAGCAGUAUCUAACUGCAGAGAGACCUAAAAAAAUCCACACUACUACCUAACCUUGCUGUCCCUUAUUUAGCACAUUUGGUGCUGCUUGGAUUUUUUUCCCUAGAAGUGAAAACUCAUUAAUGAAAAUCAUAAACAGCUUUGUGUUGAGCAUUGCUGGUUGCUGCAUUUAUCUAGUAACAAGCCGUGAGCUAGAAUAUAAAAACAAGAUCUUGUGAUAUCUCAAACAAUAUGGAAUUAGAUGAUUAAUCAAGAAAUGUAUCUUCCAUGAUGCGUUACUACACUCCUGGUAACUAAGGGCCUAGCCCUAUGAAGGUAUUUUUGCAUGAAAUACCAAAUAAGAUUGCUACAAUAACUGAAGUGACUCAUCACUAUAGUUGGUAUUGUUCACAUGAAAGCUUUGGGGAUUUGGGUCCUAGGAGUCUGCAGUGCAAGAAGCAUAUUGUGCAUACUCAGCUAGCUUGCAGUUAUGCAAAAAAAGUUACACAAGUAUUAUCUUGACUUUACUGAAAAUGUUACACAAAGUGAAGUGCCUGAUUGCUAAUACAGAAUACCUUUCAAGCCCAUUAUUUUCAUUUGACAGGGUAAUAUUUGCUUCUGAAUUUUAUCUAUGCUCCUAAUAUUUUCAGCAAGAAUAUAUCAUAAGCAUACUGUAUUGAGAUGCUUUCAUGGGAAAAAAAGGAUAAAAAGUGUUCUUUUAGAUAGUUUAAAUUAAAACCAGCCUAUCUCAGUAGAAAUUAUAUUAAAAUAAAUACUUUUAUGUUGAAAAUAUUCCAUUUUCUGCAUGAGGAGCCCUUUUAUUCUGGAUCUUGGUCUUUUUUUCUCCGUAGGUUUCAGCAGCUUGAUUUGACUUUUCUGCUCUUAUCACAAGCAGUUCUGGUGUAUCUGCAGGAGGAAAGAGACUGAUCCCUUCCCAUUCCAUUUAGAUACAGCUAGGCUCCUACUGCAGACAAAAUAAUGGUCCAGAGUUCCAUCUCCAUCUCAUCACUCCCAUGAAUAACUGGUGUACAUGACUUAGUGAGAGAAGUAAACAAUUUUUUUCUUCUUUGCUGUUUAAAAGAAAUAGGUCAUGGCUUAGUCCUUUAAUUUAACCAAGUACUGAGUUGUAUUGUUUGCUGGUUUUGUACAGUUUCAUAUAACUGCAGACAAGGGGUAUUUAUUCAAUCCCCAGAAAAAAAAGUCAUUCUUGAGAGGACUUUUAAGAAAAGGCAUAGCAUCCAGCUCAGCCAGAUUUUAUGUCUGGUAGAAAUACUAGAGUAUAGGUAGCUGUUCAAAACCAGUCUUAAGUCUCAAAAUAAGUAGAUUGAGCCUUGUUUAUAGAAGGGCUACAUAAAAUACUGGUUAAUAACAUUGACUGAUCAAACUCAUUUUUGUCCUGGAAAAGUGCAUAUUCCCCUCUCAUUUUACUUCAUGCUUUUUUGACUUAUUAUUUUUCUCAGUUAAAACGUCUAAACAGGCACCCGCUCUCCAGUAAUUAAUUCUAGGUUCCUGUACAUAUUUUGGCCAUUCCCAUACUGCAUCCCAUUUCUUACCCAAAAGUCAAAAUGUUAAAGACUUAUGAAGGAGAAAUUGCACAUGAGGUGUCAGCUCACAGGUUGCAUUUAUCGGGCAGCUCUCAUGGAUUUCAGCAGAGUUUUCACAGCUCUGCAUUUUCAAUCCUUUACAGUCAAUUUGAGCAAGGUCAUGCCUUCUGUACAGGUUUCAGCUAAAAACAUUCUUUGAGGAGGGAUUGUAGCCUACUGGAGUGUGUUCCAGGAUGAGUUCCAAGACACGAGGGGAUUGAUUCACCUGAAGGAAACGUGAAAACCUCCAGCUGCACAUUUACCUCUAACUUUGUCACAUAGGGGUUGUCUGUCCUUCAGACCUCAGCUGAAACAUCCUGUGCAGCAAUGUCCUUCAAAAGAUGAUCUUGCAAUGUUGAAAUAUUUUUCUUCAUAAAGAUAUCUACCUAUUGAUCUUUUCUACCUUCUAUCUACACUAUCUGUAGGUCAGAUUAAAACCUUAGGUUCCAGAAUAGGAAAUUAAUUAAUUAAUUAAUUCCCAACAGAUCCUUCCAUCCAAGGUAUGUGCCAUAAAUCUUUUGCAUUCGGGUAGCUUUUCACUACAGCUGAGUAAGGAUGUUGUUUCAUUCUCUAGUAAGCAAUUUAGAUCUCUGUGGUCCUGGAGUGGGGUGGUGAAGCAGAGAAGCUCUGUACAUGGGUAGAGAUGUCCACGCUAUCUUUUGUAUUUGCAGUAGACAAAGUUGGUAAGCUCAGGAUGGAGGAGAAAUUCUGGAAUGAAAGAUGUCUGUAGAGAGGUAGAUUUUGCUGUUACGUUAAUUUUAACCAAAGAUAGGCAUUUGUUUGACUUUGCUUGCUUUUCUGAACCAUUAGGUCCUCUUCUUUGAAGUAACUUCUGUGUGUAUUCUUAGGACAUGCUUCUAACGUGGCUGACAGUUGACAGGAUGAGGUGAACAGAAGUAGUUACUGUGCAUUUUCCUUUUUCCUCAUGACAGUCAAUGUAAAGCAAAGAGUUGAGAGUAGAUCACAAUGUACAAAACAGCUGCACAGUAAAAUGGUUUUGCUGCUAGUUAACAUACUGAGGGUUUUAUUACAAAUGAAGUUGUAAUGAAGAUGGUUAUUGUCAAAGUGCAAGGCACAUAUUUUAUAAUGGUAUUCUACUCUUAAAAUUCAGUUUUGUACUAUAUUGAGUAUGGUAGAUAUUGUUCCUGUUGUCUCCUGAAUUUUGUUGUGGUAAAGAGAAACAUGCUCCAUUUUUACUGAAAAAAUAUCACAUACUUAUUGAUUUAAGAUUAGUCUUUGUUGUCAGAUACUUUGUUUGUUCUUAAAAACUAGGGUUUUUUAAAAAUAAACUAUUUUUAUGGAUAAUCUGAUUGCCUAAUAGUUUUAAGGGACCUAUUUAAUACCAAAGGUAACGCCACCCAGAAAUGAACUUGGAAUAGGACAUUGACACUUUCCUGGAGAGCCUGAAUGGUCAGGAGGUACCUGGAGUCAAUCAAGCAGAACUGAACCAGUGGCAGUUGUCUGUGUCACCAAGUUAAAGGGUUAGGCACACCUAGCAGUUUCCAAAACAAAUUAGAAGAGAAAAGAAGCAACAGGAAUAGCAUUGAGGUUUAGUCAACAGACAGAGAGUAGCUCUGAGUCCUAGCUCAUGUUCCUGAAGAAAAGCACAAAGGCUUGCAUUUACUGAUGUGUCUGCUAUACCUGGCCUGUGAACUAACAAAAAACUCAGUGUGCUGUCAGUCCUGUAAACCUUCCAAAGCACAAAAUAGUCACCAAGCUACUUUUGGGGUUUCUAGUCAUAGUUCAGUGAUAUUUUGGAGGGUGGAAAGGACAGAUUUGGAGGAUAAUGAGAAGAUAUUAAGUAUGUUUAACAGAUUUUUAUAGCUAUUUUUUUAGCAAAUGGCAUUGCUGUCCUUUAUGUGAGACCAUUGAUUAGUAAGAAGUGAUUAUUUUGCUUGUGCAGUAUAAAACAGAGAGAGUAAAAAAAUCCAAAUUGUCUUGAUUUCCCUUUUCAGGAUAGUGGCUAACUAAACUGGAAAGUAAUAGGUCAAUGUAAUUAUUUAGCUGGCUGAAAGAUUUCACUCUAAAUACUGAUCAUAUUUUUUUCUCAAAUAGAAGCUUCUUAGCACAAACAUGAAGCAAUGCAUCAUUUUUUCCCUUAUUGCAGACUUAACUAUUGAAAGGAAAAUAUUUUGCAUUUUUUUAAAAUUAAUGCAAAGCCUGAAUUGUUGGGUGUUCCAGGCUACUGAAUAGAUGAUAUAGAGUUACUCUCAAUGGAUUUUUUGGGGGUGGGGGCCUAAGUGUCCUUAUAUAAGCUGUGAUCCAAGUUAAAAGAAAGGAGCCUAUGGUGAGCAGUAAUAAUGUUCUAAUGCUUCCUUGCAUUUGAUCAGUAGUUACCCGUUUUUAAUAAAGCAGCCCUCACAGUACUUAGGAGCUCAUAGAACAUAUUGUGAUCUUAAGUUGCUAAUUUGUUUUAAAAUAUAAAAUGUUUUAAGCUUUUUGUCAAAAGUGAUAACAUCCUAUUACAAAUAAACCUUUUUGUGGUUGUAAAAUUUAGCUUAUAAAUCAUUCAAAUUGAAGUGAAAAAAACACAGGUCAUUGUUAAUGACAGUCUAUCCUACUCUUACGAAUAUAUGUAUUUUUGUAAAGGAAAAGCACUUGUAGAUAUUUAAUCAGUCCAAUAUCUAUCUAUGUUAAUGUUUUGGAAAAAAAGAAGAAAACAAAAUGCUGCUUAGAGAAUCACUUAAAUAUUUUUUAUUUUUUGUGCUCAAAUGCAAUUUCUGUUGAUUUAUGGAAUGUUUAUUCUGUGUGAAGCUGUAUAGUUAGUACAGCUGGGCUAAAUGCAUUUCUCACCUUAAUCAAUUGUAUCUGACUAUGAUAAUAUAUUGUGUCCAAUCAGAAAGCAAUUGCAAAACACAGGCUUGUGGUGCUGUUUUUCAUCUUUGAUAUUAGCUUCAUCCUGCCUUAUAACUUUUCUACUUCAUAAUAAGUUUAAAAAAUCCUAACCAUUUUUUGUGAUGCAUGUGUUUCAAUGGAUGUUUCAGGGUAUAUCUGGUUGUUUAGUUGAAUCUUACUGUUACUAACAUUUUUAUAAGAUGACAGAAUUUUACAUACAGUAUUUAAUUAUCAGUCCCCUGGGUGAAAAAGUAUACAAGAUUAAUCAAGUUUAAUACUUACCUUCCUUCAAAGGAAGCUACUGCUGGGUACAUGCAUGGAAUGUGAGUGCAUCACUAAAGAUUCUGAGAACUUGUGCUAAUACUAUUUUUAAAAUUCAGAAUGAUUCACUUCUUGUAAUCUUUUUCAGCUGUUUGAAACCUCACUUUCAACUCUAUUUUGGUUCAUCAUAAUGCAUUAACACAGUUUAAGGGAAGAAAAAAAUACAGUAAAGAAUUUUAUUGAAGUAUAGUAAAGAGUGGCAACCAUAUUUGUUUGUGUACGUAUCAGUACACAAACAAAUGCAAAAUCUCUUUACUUAUUUCAGUGGGAUUCUACAGGGAUCUACUUCAUGGGUCUGAUGCUCAGUUAAGUUCUUCAGCUUGACCUCACUGGAGUGACUUUCUAUAAUUAUCCUGUAGCUGAGACUUGAAAUGAGCCAGGCUUCCCACUUCCUCACUUAAUUUCCUUUCACAAGUGACUAAUAUUGUUUAAAUUUACUCUUAUUAUAUUAACCUUCUCCUAAGUAAGUUUUGCAAUAAUGAGUGUGUACACUAGCAGUAGAAUUCAUUGGUAGGGACUCAACUGAGUAAAUACUUGUGUCCUUGACAAACUGGGGGAGAAUUUGGCUCAGAUUAUGAGCACUUGAAAUGGCAUUCUCUCAUUUAUGUUCAUGCUUUGCAAAGAUCUGCAGUUGAUCAGGAUUUGAGAGGUUUUAUUACAUGAACAUUGUCCAUUUUUAUAAUUUUUAUUAAGAGCUAACUUCUGUUAGUAAUUCAUUAGGGUCAACAUCUCAGGGUCCACAAAGCAGCAGUUUAAAAUCCAUUUGAUCUGAGUGCAAUACCAGUACUGCAGGCUUGUAUCUUUUGAAGAACCAAAUAUGUUUUGUUUUGAAGUACUUUUAAAAAGCACUGUAAAUUUCACCCAGUUCUACCAAAGGAAUGUGAGGAGUUUUUUUAAUCUUGGAUCUGAGUGUGGCCCUAGAAAAAGUGAGACACUUGUAACUGAGUCAGCGCUAGUGAUCAGUUUUCCAUGUAGGGACGGGAUGUGCUGGUCCUUGGAGUUUUUUGGCAAAACCUCGUGGUCAUGCCUCUUGAUGUAGAGUGAAGCCUGUUCAAAUCCACAUCAACGUUUGUAAGCGAGAUUUAUUUUGAAACAACAGCUCAUGCAAAGCCUGUGAAUGGGCCUCUGGAAUUUGUGUGUAAAUGUGUCAGAUAUGUGAUGAUAUUUCCAAUAGUGAACUACCUGUAUGGCUCAGUACUGGUGAUGUUAAAUUGCGUGUUUCAUGCUAAUGUCAAGAAGGUUUACAGCACCUUUAUAAUGGUUGAUAACAAAUGACAAUUUGGCCUGACCUGUAUGCUGCAAGAUGCCUCUAGCCCAGUUGGAUUAAUUUUAUUAAAAAUCUAGAUGAGCAAGAAGUAUAACUAAUCUGCUUACUAGCACUGAAUUGCUCCUUUCUCAAAGCAAUAAAUAUAUUCAUGUUGUAACAUCUGUUGUGCAGCCUACAAUACGAGUUGUUUUGUUGCAUUGUUUCUAUAUAAUUUAUUUUGUGCAAUAAAAAAAAUCUCUGGUUU